AGCAAGGCGAGCAUGGACGGGCCGCUCGCGGUCGGUGUCACGGGGCGACACCGCGUCGUGUGCUUUAACCAAGUCUCGAUUGUUUUUAGCUUUUGCUUUCUCCUCAACCUUGCCGCCAUGCCUCUGAAGGCCUACCUCUCGGAAGCCUUUCCCUGGUCGCACCGACCCACCCCCACCGUCGGCGUGCAAGUCAGGUCCAACGAAACCUUUGAAAUGUACGAAGCCCACGCCCUGGCAUUCUACCGCAGUCGCUACAACAACAACUCACUGGACUUGACGACGCAGUAUGCGUUCGACCCCGCACAAGUCCUCGAUGUUAUCUGGGUGCCCAUUGCCUUUGUCCAGCCCGAGGACUUUUCGUUUGCGGGUCUCCCGGGCGCCACAUUCUACUCCCGCCGCGCACGCCGCACGGUCAAAGGGUUCCUGACCGGGCCCACUAAUGCAUCUACAUUCGCGGUCAUUGAAGUCGGCACGCUCCUCGGUCAACCGUCGUCCGUCUCGGGCGUCUGGGUCGAGAUUCUACCACCCACCAACGCCAUGCUGUUGUACUUUGCCGCGCAGCUCAGCCCGGGCUCGACCCAUUGGCUCUACUUCAAAUUUGCGUACCGCAUCGGGCUCACCAGUGUCAUCCUGGAACGCAUGUGGUCGACCUACUAUCGCCACUAUCGCACGCUCGUGUCGAAUCUGCGCGCGCUCGGCGUGCCCAAUAUAACAGACGCCACGUGGAUCGAGAUUGUCGUCGGCGACCCCACCGCGCUCAUUCUUCAAAACUCGCUCGUGUGCGGUCUCUUUGUCGUUGAUUUCUGGUGCAGUAUUGAGAUUGUCGGCCAAAGCUUUGUGCGUCUGUCGCAACUGCAAAAUCUGGUGACAUUUUCGCUCGCCGCACUCUACCUCUCGCGGACUGUCUGGUUUGCCUACCUGCUCUUGAAUCUCACGGGCCGUGCCCUGCGCCGCUACCACCUCGAACGUCUCAUUGCUCAAGUCGACCCGACGACAGUCGCGGUCGCGGUGCUCUUCAGCGUCGGUCCUGUCACGUACAUGCAGUCGCGCACUGGAUUUUUUGUGGACAUUUAUCAUUUCCUCUUUACGUUCAUCGUUCCAAAGGAUCGCAUCGACAACUACAAGGAAGACUUCCUCGCCGCCAUGCUCUACUCGAUUCUAAUUGGGCUCUUGCCCAUCAGCUAUGGAUUCGGAAAACCCAUCGCGCUGGCGCUGCACCGACGCGCACAUCGAACGCUGCGGCGCCAAGCGCGCUCGAUCCGUGUGCGGCCCACGCAACCAAAUGUUGCGCGGCGCUUGACGCACCACGCCGACGACUUUGGCAAAUAUGUCUACAACGACUGGAAGCAUCGGUGCUUGUACACGAUCCUGACCGCACUCAACCCGCAGCAUGCCUCAGCGCUCUUCCUCGGCGGCUCGAUUUACAAGAUCUUUGACACGCACCGCGGCUUUCAGCGCAACGCAGCGUUCAGUUUUCGGGGGAGUGACUGCUAUGUGAUUGCGCACGCGCCCACGUCGGUCCUCUCGUACCGUCUGAGUCUGGUCGACUGCCUCCACCUCCACCACCCGCACUUGCGCACCCAAGAUACCUACAAGCGCGCGUUUGGGCACAUCGAAUUGGCGCCCGAGACCGCGUCGCUUGUGGUGACGCUGGGCCGCGGCAAGGUACACUGGGUGCAGUGACAAGUGCGAACAAAUCGUUUGGUCAAUUUGAAUGGUGAAUAAUAGUCUCUCGUUACGAAAA